UCCAGACUGCCAUCUGAAAUUCAAAUAGACGUGUCGAGGAGGCAUGGUUGAGCGGAGUCACGGGGGACCUUCCCGUACUCGGAAGCAGUAACGCAAGGAAGAAAAAACAAACAUAACCAAGGAGGAGUAAGCGGGCUGCAAGCGCGAUGCGUGCGCGACGUAUUUCGGUCAUGAAAGAAGUUUUUGGAACACUUAAUUUAUUUGGAUCACUUCUGUUUUACGAACUACGAAUUGGAAAAAUAAAUGAACACCGGAGUUAUCAGUGAAAUUGAAGCCCCUCUGGCAAACAACUGCCACACCUUCAUCAUCACUGUAACAGGUACUCUACACAACUGUCCAGAUGGGUUGCAGUUGCUGUAGGAUGAUAAAAAGUUACAUCUAUGACCCCUCAGUCCCUGUAGAUGUUUCUGGUCAUAAGCGGGACCCCACCACUAGCUCUCUGUAUGAGUCUCACAGAUUCCCAGAGGAGGCGGACCACAUCCACAAAAAGCAGGGUUUCCAUAACCUGGGUUAUAGCACCCACCCCAGCCCUACCAAACUCGACAUCGACAACAACCACAUAAACCGGCUCCAUGCCAAUAUUCCAGGUGAUCAGGUCAGGUCGAACCCAGAUGGAGGUGACCCCAGCGUUUACAUUCUGCAGCCUGAGGGUAAGGGGACGCCCGUAAAAUCCACUCCCAGUUUGCGUGCUGCCCCGCCCGUACAAAACGAAUUAGUGUUGGGCACAGAAGCAGGCAAGCGAGAGGAGAGAUUCCGAGACUCUGGGCUGGGCGGAGGGGGAAUGACGGAUGGGACAGAGGAAGAGGAGGAGGACAGGAGGAGUAGAGUGGCCAGUACUCCAGACACGGCCGAUGAGGAGAGCAUACAGUCGGUGGAUAUGCACACAAGCAGCACUAGCCUCUCCUCAGUGGACACCAAGCUCAUAAUAGAGGAUGGAGAUGAAACAGCUCCUUCCAUAAUGAAAGGAGAGCAGAAGAGAGAGAAAGAGAUAGAUUGUAUAAGCAUCACAGACUUGAUGGUGGCCGAGGCCUUGGCUGCCCUGGAUGCAGCGACUGCAGGAGAGGACUAUGAGUGACAGGGCUGCUCCACCAGUCAGGUGACAGAGGAUGACUCCUUACUUAAUGGAGCUGUGGGAGAUUUCCAUACUCGCUCUUUCGUCCUCUUCAUUUGAAUAUAGCCAAAAUAAUAGCUUUCAUAAGAUGAAGCUUUUCUAAAGUCAUUCUGCAGGUGUUUUUUGACUGGAAAAACUCUUUAAUGAAGACAGGAACUGCUGCUUGUUUACACAAGAGAAAUUGACCCUUUAUCAGGCUAUAGACUUGCUUGAGCAAAUUAAGGUUAUCUGUGAAUGUUUUGUCCCACAAUUCAGUGGCGUGAACAAACUCCACUCUUGAACGAAAUAGAACGGACAACUGUAGUGUGAUUUUUCCUCCGUACUGUUUUAUAUGCAUUUAAAUUCAGCAUAAUAAUGAAAUAAGCUUCUAAGAACUUCCCUGCUUUAGUGUCUGUGGAGGUGGGGCUAAAUAAAUCAGAGCACUACAUUAUUAUUUUCAUAUAUUUUCUAUACAAAGAGGUGGUAAAAAAACAAACAAGCCAGUGUCCCGGUGUGGGGUUUCUUCUGUGCUUACUGUUGUACUUUUAGAGAUGUUUUACGAUGAUCAGUUUGCUUAUUAGAAAGAAAUCAAGCUCAUAUUCAACUUAAUCAGUCUCAAAACAGAACAACAGAACAUAAUGCAAUUUCUUGUUAACACUGUGAAUAUGUCAUAGAGCUUUAGGAAGACAGUUUAUUGGUACACACAAAAGAACAGUAAGAGAUGUUUGGAGUUUGUGGGUGAAUGUCACCAAAACAUAGUUUAGUCAUAUUUCACCCCCAAAAUUAAAAGAAAUAUGAUAAAAGAAUCAUAUUUGUAUUUUCAUGACAGUUAAGCACAUUUUGCCCCCAAAUUUGCAUUACCGUAAUGCUUUAUUAUCAAUGAUGAUUCACAUUAGAUUCUUAUUACUUUAAUGCAAUAUUUAUUUUACUGUAAACCCUAAAACAAAGAUUUAAAGAAGUUUACAGCUCAAAUAAUUAACAAGUUUCAACUAUAAGUAAUAUAAGUCCACUAAUAAAAUUAUAAGCAUCACAUUUCUGCAUUUACACCCUCCAAAAAUUGGCCACAUUCACUUCCAUUGUAAGUGCAUCACUGUAACCUAGAUUUUUGGUUUUUAAAGAAAGAUUAUUUUUUGUGGUAUAAUCAAAAUUAUGCCAUAAAUGCUGUAUUAAACCCGGAAUAUUCCUUUAAUUGUCACGAAAGGUCACAAUGCAAUAUGUCACAAUGCAAAAACGUUAAUGUUGCCACACAAAAAAAGGCUCCAUAUAGUUUCAGUUUAUUUUUCAGUAUAUAUAUGUCACAUUGGAAAAUUUGCUGAAUUGUCAUGAAUAUAAUAAGUUUUUUUUUUUUUUUUUUACUUUUGGGGUAAAUAUAACCCAGACAUGUUUCUUGACAGGUUUUAUGAGAUUCACCCUCGUAUAUUUAUGUUCCUGGUAUAUUUAUGCAAUGUGUACUAUUAGGGUUGGGAAAACAGAGUUGUAUGUUAAAGCAAGGAUUAGUGUGUUGAAUCAGGCCAGUGAUGUAGUUGAUGCGCUAUGCUAUUCUAAUUCUGCUCUAAAUGAAUCUAACUACCUGAGGACUGAUGAGAAGUAACCCUACCCCUAUCACUACAUGAAGAACAUCAUAUGGAUCACAAUUCUCAUGUACAUUUCUAUUCAUAAGUGAACAAAUAUGAUGAAGUUUUCAGUGUCAAAUGAAUGUAACUUACCAGAAAUAGAUUUUUUUAUGGUACCUUUAUGAAGGUCAUGGUUUUAAUUGAGUAUUUCUAUUUGUAUACAUUGUGCCUUUCUAUGCUGGUCAAAAUAAUUUCUUUAAAAUCUGUAAAUAAGCAAAUAUAUUGAUAGACACUGAUUUUGCAUUGAAAACCAGUGCACAGUACUGUAACAUUACUAUCCAUUCUUUUGCCCUUAAAUGAACUAAUACAGAACACAGUUGAAAAUUGUCACAUGAACCAGGGAGAAAAUAAAAACAAUGUGCUUCAUCAUAAGACUUGCACAAUCUGUUGACAUUUAU